CGGAUGAGUAAGGCAGCGCCGUCACGUCCUUUUCGCGCUCUCAGAUUAUUCAUUACAUCACUGCAUGUCUUCAAGAUAGGGAAAAGAUCUCAAAAGCAAUACACGAUGGUCGAAGCAAUGAGGGACGCGCCUACGCCUCGCAAAAGAGGCCGGCCACGAGCAGCGACGGGCAAUCAGCAAAUUCCCGACAAACGUCGAAAGCAGCUUCGCGUCGCGCAGCAAGCAUAUCGCAAUAGAAAAGAGACUACGAUCGUCAAUCUGCAAUCUCGUGUACAGGAACUCGAGUCGGGCAUCGAAGAGCUCAGCGAGUCGUUCCUUUCCUUCAGUAAUCUCCUGUUCGAGGCUGGGAUUCUCCAAGACCAGCCCCGUGUCACAGCUGCUUUGCAAAAAAUCACACAGCAAUGCGUGUCGCUUGCCAAAAGUGGCUGCGGCGAGGCCGAACAAGCAACUGCAGCCCCGGCGGAGGUAUCGCUAUCGACGUCUCCCACGCUCAGCGACACACAAGAUACAGUCUCAAAUUACAAUCCACUUAUAACGCAACUUGAUUCAUUGCCAAUAAUCGGUGACGCUUUCCAGUCCUCGUCGGACCUUCCGACUCAAUGGUCUGGGCUAUUACAACUACCCCCCACGCCACCCUUCCAAGAACAACCAAUCCUACCAUUCGGAACAGUCUUACCAUCCAUCCCUAGUCCUACCUUGGAUUUCCCGACCAUAGUACCGCCCGACAAUCUCUCAAAGCAAGAGCGCUGGACACUCUCACACCGUCUGGUCCGACAAUGCUGCGAGACCGGAUACUAUCUAUUAACAAACUCAUCUGGAGACGAUCCAAUAGUCAAAGCAAUCUUCGGCAAACCAUUAUCCAUCGACGAGCGCAACCGCUAUAUCUCCAGAUUUCUCGCCGUCAUGCACGACGAAGUAGGAGACACGAUCGAGAUAAGUUCAAAAGUUCUCAAUUCAAGGAGGAAUAGCUACUCGCCUGAACAACUCGCCGUUUCCUCUCGAACGUGGCAAACUGUCAAUGAAUCGGUUGCUGAUGAGUGGAUGGAUGCGAGUGGUGUGCAAAAGUUUCUACAGCGGCGAGGGAUUCGUCUUCGGGACCCGAGCUCGGCCCUCUACGGUCCCCAGGUUAAUUCAGCUCCGCAGCUCGACGCAGUGAGCUUCCUUAAAUAUCUUUCCCUCGCCACUAUCUGUCUCGGUCGCGGACCAGCUUUCCGAAAGCGUGAUGUUGAGACUGCCAUUCGCCUUGCAACCCUUGAUGAUCCUUGGGCGGUUAAUAAUGUGUGCGAAAUACCAUGAAUUAUGUAUAAUACCAUCAAUUGUCCUCAAUAUUAAUAAUCUACGCUUACUUUGCAUGAUGGGACGAUCACAAG